UGCUCUUCCCUUCCCCACCAGGUGCCCCCCGUGGGAUGGGGCCACAGCUCCUCUCCCCAUCUGUGACACUCAGGGACUGUCACAGCUCUACAGAAGGAAAGUUGCUGUUUAUAGAAGAUGCUGGGAUGCUCGAAGGGUAAAUCCAGGGAAGGAUGGCACAUUGGCACCUGUCCUCACUGCUGGAGUGUGGCUGGCAUUCCAGUGCUGAGAGGAUGCACAGGGUGACCAUGGGCCCCUCUGGGCCAGCCUGGGCACCGUAACCUCGCUGUGGGUCACAGGGGUGCAAGGAAUCCUCUCAUUUUGGAGCACUGGGUUGCUGCUCUCUGUUGUCUCCUGCCCAGGUGCCAUGUCCCUGGAGGCACCUGGCACAUCUUCCUGGCUGCCUCCUCCCAGCUGGGUCGUAGCAGAGCUGGGAACUCCUGAGCUUGGUCACACAGAUGGAAGUGGUUGCUGAAGGAUCUGCCUGUACAUCUGAGAGCUGGCACUGGCUGCACACUGUGUCCCGAGGAGAGGAGCCCAGCCUCCCUGCCCCACUCUUCAGUGUCUGGAGAAGAAGCCAAGGCUGCAAAAUCAAAGCCCUGCGCGCCAAGACCAACACGUACAUCAAGACACCGGUCAGGGGCGAGGAGCCCGUGUUCAUCGUCACUGGCAGGAAGGAGGAUGUGGAGAUGGCCAAGCGGGAGAUCCUCUCAGCCGCCGAGCACUUCUCCAUGAUCCGGGCCACGCGCAACAAAGUCAACGGGCUGACGGGGGCCAUGCAGGGGCCCCCCAACCUGCCAGGCCAGACCACCAUCCAGGUGAGGGUCCCCUACCGCGUGGUGGGGCUGGUGGUGGGACCCAAGGGAGCCACCAUCAAGCGCAUCCAGCAGCAGACGCACACGUACAUCGUGACGCCCAGCCGGGACAAGGAGCCCGUGUUCGAGGUGACGGGCAUGCCCGAGAACGUGGACCGGGCGCGGGAGGAGAUCGAGGCGCACAUCACCAUGAGGACAGGCUCCUUCAUCGACGUCAACGCCGACAACGACUUCCACUCCAACGGCACCGACGUCUGCCUCGACCUGCAGGGCGGCGCGGCCGCCCCGUGGGCCAAGGCCCCCCACCCUGCCCAGCGCCCCUCGGCCGCGCUGCGCAACGACAGCCUCAGCUCCCUGGGCAGCGGCUCCACCGAGUCCUUCUACAGCGGGCGCGUGGCGGCUGCCAGCCCCACCAGCCCCUACAGCACCUUCAGCGAGCCCCCGGCCCCGCUGGGCUCCGACGAGUGCGACUUCGGCUUCGACUUCUUGGCCCUCGACCUCACCACGCCCACCACCACCAUCUGGUCGCCCUUCGAGCGCUCGGGCAACCCCCUGCAAGCCUUCAGCAGCUGCUCCUCCAUCAACAGCUCGCAGAGACGCAACAGCGGCCCGGCCACGCCGCGCCACUCGCCCACCCUGCCCGAGAGCGGGGCGGCGGGGCUGGAGCACCCCUCGGCACGGCGCAUCCCCAGCGACCCCGCCGGCGCCCUGGCCUGGCUGCCCGCCCAGGGCUCGCUCUCCUCCUUCUCCAACAGCACCGGCUACUCCUCCUCCUCCUCGCUGCCCGGCAGCAUCUCAGCCGCCUCAGGCUCGCCCACCGACUCGAGCAGCUCGGACGGGCACCGCAAGAGCUCCCGGGAGUGCAUGGUGUGCCUGGAGAGCGAGGUGAUGGCUGCGCUGGUGCCCUGCGGCCACAACCUGUUCUGCAUGGAGUGCGCCCUGCGCAUCUGCGGCCGGGCGCAGCCGCAGUGCCCCGCGUGCCACGUGCCCGCCACCCAAGCCAUCCACAUCUUCUCCUAGCCCGGGGGCUCGCCCAGCGACCCCCCCCUCCACCCCAACACCACGGCGUUUUAAGGACUUUCUACUGUUGAAAUGGAGCUUUUUAUUUAAUACCAGAUCCGACGGGGGCGGGGAGGGGG